UUUCGUGGCCACACCGGACUCGAUUCUGAUUUUAACGGUUGACUCGUGCGGAAGCAGCUGAAGGCGGCGGGCGUUUUUUUUUUUCAAAACACAAAUUUUAUAUAUGGAAACUUUUCAAAUUAGUGACGAUCAGACCAGUCUAAUUACUGUGGAUAUAAGUCGAGCGGAGGCUCAGUGAAUUCGUCCUUGUGCUGUCUCCUGGAUAAUACGAGGGCAUAGGAAUUUUCUUAUCGCACGGAUGCCAUGCCAUUCGGACAUGUAGAUGAGCCAAGAAAAACACAUAUGUACAUAUGUAUGUAUUGGUGGACGGACACACUCAUUUCUCUUCGACUGAUCGACUUAUCAGAAGUGGUGCCAGCGCACAAAAUGCACUCCACAUAAUCCACAACAAGAAAAAUACUUAUAAAAAAACAACAUAAAUCAGUGAACUGAAGGAAAAACGAAAACGAUAAAGAUGCGCCCGAGUGGCUGGCAGUGGCUGGUGCCGCUCCUCCUCCUGUUGUCCCUCAGUCUGGCCAGCGCCGUGCGCCAGCUGGAGGAGAACCAGAGCGCCAAGAAAGAUCACCCGCACGCCUCAGAGCGGCAAGUGCGGCGACGCAACAAGAGCAACGCCUCAGUCGACCAGCAAAGACUCCUGGCAACCGGAAGCACCAAAAAGAAGGCCAGCACGGACUCGGAGGACUACGACUGGCUGGAUCUGGACGCGGAUGCGGAUGCGGGCACCAGCGAGGCACUCGACAGCUCGGAGACGGUGGCCGUGCACGCAGUGCGAGCCCAUGGCGAUGGAGAGGCACAUGAUAUCUUCACAUGUUGCAAUCAGGUCUUUGGCUCAUGUCGCACAGCUUGCGAAAAUCUAUCAUUGGUGGAGUUUGCCACGGGCGGCGCUGGCGACGGUCGUGAGGAGCUGCGGAAGUAUUGUCAACUGCAUCAGGUGGAGUUCUGGACUUGCAUCAACCAAACGUUCGAGGCGGUCACCCGCGGUGCCGACUGGUCGGGCAGGCGUUGCUGCCAGUUUGGAGUUCUGCAACAUUGUCGCAAUGUCUGCGCCUCGGCGAACCAAGCCCCGGUCCACACCUGCAGGCGCAGCGAUGAACAGAUGCUGUACGACUGUCUGGAGCGCCAGGAUGCGGCCGAUCGGUGCUGUGGCCAGGCGCGCACCUCCGAGUGUCUUCAGGCCUGCCGGGCCGUCUUUGAGCCCUCCAAUGCCAGCCAGGAUCAUGUGGACAUUGAGUCCUCGUGCGGGGAUCGCAACUUGGAUGUGGUACAGUGCAUUCACAACCACACGGACAUGGCGCCGUUGGCCAACGCCGAACAAUAUCUGCCGUGCUGUGAGUACAGCAACAAGGAGCACUGUCGCCACACCUGUCGGAACCUGCUCCAUCAGAAUGUGACCCAAAUAGAGCGCAGCGAGGUGAUUUUCACGCGACUGGAGGCGUCUGGCUGUGGCACGCCACUGCCACACUUGCCCUUCUGGCAGUGCUUUCUGACGGUGACUCGAAAGCUGUAUGUUCCAGCUGGUGGAGGACUUCAGUCGCAGCGACGUCUGGGGGGCAAGGCAGCUGAGGCCGUGGGGGGGCCAAACCACCUGGGCAUGGAUGCAGCCAAGCGGCAGUGCUGCGAGCAGGCCAGCAGCCACAGGUGCCGGCGCCUGUGCACGCAGAUCUUCACCAGCGACUGGUGGGAGACACGGGCCAGCUUCGACAGCGAGUGCCUGGAGCAGCCCGACGAGCGGGAGCUGCGGCGCUGCGUAGAGAGCGUGGACGCCCCGUGCGAGCUGGGCUGCGAUGGCCUUAGCUUCUGUUCGAACUUUAACAAUCGCCCGACGGAGCUCUUCCGCAGCUGCACCCCAGCCCACGAUGCAGCGGCCAGGGAGGAUUUCCUGAUGCUGCAGCAGCGCGGCUUUGUUCGGGUUCUCGGCCAGGAGCUUUUCAUCAAGAACACUACCCGCUGUGCCCCGGACAAGUGGCAGGCUCUGGUGUGCGCCCUGCAACUGCAGCCCUGCACCAGGAUGGGACUCUUCAACGGCAUCUGCAGCGAGGACUGCAACGAGCUGCUUGAGGAGUGCCUAGACUGGACACGCCAACAGAAGCGACCUCAGGCCAUUUGCUCGCGACUCCAACCGCAAUCCUCAGCGGAGGAGGAUGAGGAACCGCUGCCAUGCAUUUCGCUACGGUCGUAUCUGAAGAAAGGCAGUGCAGAGCCCCAGGACGCGGUUGGACACUAUGGACUGACCUCGCCCUGCUCCAAAAAGCCGUGCAACGCCAGUGAGGUGUGUGUCCUGCAGAGGAGGGGCAUCCAGGGCUACGCCUGCAUUCCCGGCUGCAGUCUGGGCCAGGCCUCCAGCCUGAUUGUGCCCUUUGGGGCGUACGUCCGCCUCAGCAAGAGCAGUAUCCACACCAAGUCCGAUGUGGGUCAGCUACUGACCGCCGAGCACAUUGUCUGCAGCUGCGGGCUUCAGGGCCACCUCGAGCAGUGCCAGCCGCUGCCCAGCUACAGCCACGCCCACUGUACUCUACCCGGGGGGCGAAGCUUCCGGCAUGGCUCAUCCUUCUACCUGGAGUGCAAUCUCUGCAGCUGCUUCGCCGGCGAGAUCACGUGCACCAAGAAACAGUGUCGCCUGCCGGGCUUCACGGACUCCAGCUUCACCAGCCUUCCGUGCAAUUGUGCGGCGCAUUAUGUGCCCGUGUGCGGCUCGAAUGGGAACACCUAUCCCUCGGCGUGCGUCGCCAAGUGCCACAUGCCGGAGGGAAACUAUGUGUACGGGGCAUGCAAUGCCCGUAAUGCUUGUCAGGCGGCGGCUCCCAACAGCUGUCCCCAGGGAACCCAGUGCCUGGACAAGCGGAAGGUGUGCCUGGCCAGCAUGCAGCGGCCCUGCCAGCAGUAUGUCUGUGUGAACGCCACCGCCUCGAACUGCUCGUCCUACCAUCAGGGCGAGGUGUGUGACACCCAGGGACGCACUCACCCUAAUGCCUGCGCUCUGCUGCGAGACAAUCCCAGUGGCCAGGUGGCUUAUUGGUCGGCCUGCCAGUCGAGUCGAUCGGCACCGUCGCCCUCACCCGUCUGUGGCAUCAAUGGGGUGACCUAUCGGAGCAUUUACGCAGCCCGGGCCGAGUAUGUUCUGACCGACUACGUGGGUCGUUGCCGGGAGGUGGGUUUGCUGGCCAGCGAAAUGGGCAGACGAUGUCGUACAGUCCAGUGCCCGGCUCCAGUGUCCAAAAACUGUCGAUUGAUUGUGCCGCCCGGAGCAUGCUGUCCACUUUGUGCGGGCGGAGCCUUCAGGAUUAUCUACUCCCGGAAGCAGUUCGAUCGAGCCAUGUAUGGGCUGAGAGCUCAGAGCAGCACAUUGCUCACCCUGCAUGGGGUGCUCCAGCAGCUCGACGGGCUGGUGCAGGUUAGCGAGUGCCAGCUGACGGGAUUCCUCACCAUGGAAGUGGGCAUAUUUGUGGCUCUGGUGCCAAGCAGCAGCAUCAAGCGACCAACUCGGCUCCAACUGGAGGCGUGUGCGCGCGAGGCCGAGAAGAUAUCGUCGCUGAUAAAUGCCCAGUCCCCAAGGAUUACCACCAACCUGGCCCUGUCCUGUCUGACUGUGUCGCAUCUGCUGGAACCCACACCAAAUGCGGCGAAUUUGUAUGGUUCUGGGACCCUAUGGUUAAUGCCCCUAAUUUUUUUUGUAGGUCGUAGCUUAGUUGUAGGAUAGCUUUAGCUUUUUUGUUCUAUUAGCUUUAGAAAGGGCGUGUAAGCGUGUGGUAAGCGUAAGGUGUGAACAAUCAAGUGAAUUCUUGGUGCCAAUUAAUCAAUUAGUUCAAGGAGAUGGAAUGUGCCUUCAACUGUUAGGAAUUGACCCUCUGUAUCAUGUGAUAUUAGCUUCAUUAAUUAAUCUUUAAGCAAAAGGACCCAUUGAUCAUUUCUGGAUAGAAGUUAUGUAUAAUUUUUUGUAUUUUUUUGCAUUCGUUAUCGACCAAAGCAGCGUCUGUCUAUGAGCACAGCUAGUCCAAUAAAAAAAUCACUUAUGGAUGCCCCCAGACACCGCCUACAAAAGAGCGAAUCAAAUUGAA